AUGCCGGUCCGCAGGGGCCACGUCGCGCCCCAAAAUACGUACCUGGACACCAUCAUCCGCAAGUUCGAGGGCCAGAGCCGAAAGUUCCUGAUCGCCAACGCUCAGAUGGAGAACUGCGCCAUCAUCUACUGCAACGAUGGCUUCUGUGAGCUCUUUGGCUACUCGCGAGUGGAGGUGAUGCAGCGGCCGUGCACCUGUGACUUCCUCACGGGCCCCAACACCCCCCGCAGCGCCAUGACCCGCCUGGCACAGGCCCUGCUGGGGGCCGAGGAGUGCAAGGUGGACAUCCUCUACUACCGCAAGGACGCCUCCAGUUUCCGCUGCCUGGUGGACGUGGUGCCCGUGAAGAAUGAGGAUGGGGCCGUCAUCAUGUUCAUCCUCAACUUCGAGGACCUGGCCCAGCUCCUGGCCAAGAGCGGGAGCCGCAGCCUGUCCCAGCGCCUGCUGUCCCAGAGCUUCCUGGGCUCCGAGGGCUCUCACGGCAGGCCCGGCAUGCAGGGGCCUGGCACGGGCAGGGUCAAGUACAGGACCAUCAGCCAGAUUCCGCAGUUCACGCUCAACUUUGUGGAGUUCAACCUGGAGAAGCACCGCUCCGGCUCCACCACGGAAAUCGAGAUCAUCGCGCCCCACAAGGUGGUGGAGCGGACCCAGAAUGUCACGGAGAAGGUUACCCAGGUCCUGUCCCUGGGAGCAGACGUGCUGCCGGAGUACAAGCUGCAGGCGCCGCGCAUCCACCGCGGGACCCUGCUGCACUACAGCCCCUUCAAGGCCGUGUGGGACUGGCUCAUCCUGCUGCUGGUCAUCUACACGGCCGUCUUCACGCCCUACUCGGCCGCCUUCCUGCUCAGCGACCAGGACGGGUCCCGGCGCGGGGACUGCGGCUACACCUGCAGCCCGCUCACCGUGGUGGACCUCAUCGUGGACAUCAUGUUCGUCGUGGACAUCGUCAUCAACUUCCGCACCACCUACGUCAACGCCAACGACGAGGUGGUCAGCCACCCCCGCCGCAUCGCCGUCCACUACUUCAAGGGCUGGUUCCUCAUCGACAUGGUGGCCGCCAUCCCCUUCGACCUGCUCAUCUUCCGCACGGGCUCUGACGAGACCACCACCCUGAUUGGGCUGCUGAAGACGGCUCGGCUGCUGCGGCUGGUGCGCGUGGCCAGGAAGCUGGACCGCUACUCAGAGUACGGGGCAGCCGUGCUCUUCCUGCUCAUGUGCAUCUUCGCCCUCAUCGCGCACUGGCUGGCCUGCAUCUGGUACGCCAUCGGCAACGUGGAGCGGCCCUACCUGGAGCCCAAGAUCGGCUGGCUGGACAGCCUGGGCGUGCAGCUCGGCAAGCGCUACAACGGCAGCGACCCCACCUCGGGCCCCUCGGUGCAGGACAAGUAUGUCACCGCCCUCUACUUCACCUUCAGCAGCCUCACCAGCGUGGGCUUCGGCAACGUCUCCCCCAACACCAACUCCGAGAAGGUCUUUUCCAUCUGCGUCAUGCUCAUCGGCUCCCUCAUGUAUGCCAGCAUCUUUGGCAACGUGUCCGCCAUCAUCCAACGCCUGUACUCGGGCACUGCCCGCUACCACACGCAGAUGCUGCGAGUCAAGGAGUUCAUUCGCUUCCACCAGAUCCCCAACCCGCUGCGGCAGCGCCUGGAAGAGUACUUCCAGCACGCCUGGUCCUACACCAACGGCAUCGACAUGAACGCGGUGCUGAAGGGUUUUCCCGAGUGCCUGCAGGCUGACAUCUGCCUGCACCUGCACCGGGCGCUGCUGCAGCACUGCCCCGCCUUCCGCGGUGCCAGCAAGGGGUGCCUGCGCGCCCUCGCCGUCAAGUUCAAGACCACGCACGCGCCCCCCGGGGACACGCUGGUGCACUUCGGGGACGUGCUCUCCACGCUCUACUUCAUCUCCCGCGGCUCCAUCGAGAUCCUGCGCCAGGACGUGGUGGUGGCCAUCCUCGGAAAGAAUGACAUCUUUGGGGAGCCUGUUAACCUCCACGCCCAGCCCGGCAAAUCCAGCGCCGACGUGCGGGCCCUCACCUACUGCGACCUGCACAAGAUCCAGCGCGCAGACCUGCUGGAGGUGCUGGACAUGUACCCUGCCUUCGCGGACAGCUUCUGGAGCAAGCUGGAAGUCACCUUCAACCUCCGGGACGCAGAUGGGGGUCUCCGGUCAUCACCCCAACAGGCUCCAGGCAACCAGGACCACCAAGGCUUCUUCCUCAGUGACAACCAGUCAGGUGCAGCCCCUUCCCUGAGCCUCUCAGAUGCAUCUGGCCUCUGGCCUGAGCUGCUUCAGCAAGUGCCCCAAAGGCCAAGGCACAGCCCUUCGGACCCUCAGGGAGACCCAGACGGCUGGUCUCGGGAGCUGGGUCCCAGGCUAGAGCAGCUCCAGGCCCAGGUGAACAGGCUGGAAUCCCGCCUGUCCUCAGACCUCAGCCGCAUCCUGCAGCUCCUUCAGCAGCCCCUGCCCCAGGGCCACGCUGGCUACCUUCUGGGAGCUUCCGCUAACGACCUGGCCUUGUUUCCUGUGGCCUCAGCGACCCAGAGUCCAGGAAUGAGGCUGCCCCAGGGUGGCCUGCCCCCUGCACAGGCCCCAAGCUGUGGUGACUUGGACCAACGUGGGCCGAAGCACAGGAACUCCUCCUCUGAGAUGCCUCAGCUGGCCAUGGCCAUGGACAAAACUCUGACACUGUCCUCUGAACUGGAGUGCCCCGAGGGGCUCCUGUCAUCCCUGGCCUCACCUCUGCAUCCCCUGGAGGUGCAGGGACUCGUCUGUGGUCCCCGCUUCUCCUCCCUCCCGGAAUACCUCAGCUCUGUCCCCAAGCAGCUGGAGUUCCCCAGACAUGGCUCAGAUCCUGGAUUUGCAGGGAGUUGGAGCCACUGA